AUGAUCAUGUGUGAAGCUUUCCGUACGCCAGAACACGUAGAGGAUAGAAAAUUGGGGAACGCUGUUAUUUCGCGUUCAGGCCUCAGUCAAAAUGAUCAGCUGCAGGGACUACUGAUUAAGAGCGAGCCGGCAACUAAUAGUCCGGACUUGCCAAUUCGUCUUCCCACGGAGACUACGGUCGACCAGUCGCUGGAACAGAAGGCCGUUCAGAAAUGCAUACAUUUUUCGAUAACAAGUUGUUUGAAGACAACUCGGAAUCAUCGAAGGCGAACCGUACAUGCGCAACUGGAGAAGAGGCCAGUGUUGGAUGGCUGCCUGUCGAACUGCAUGGUCGAAGGCGAAGCGCUUUCGUCGCAGGCUCUCCGAAGGCGAAUCUCGUUCAGCUUGUCUGGUUUAACUCCAGUAAUGGCCGCAAUGAUCGAUUAUGUAAUGAAACCAUUCCGACAGCUCAACGUUUCCACCACUGAAUUUGCUGCACUUCAGGCCAUAAUGUUCUUCGAUCCUGACACAGAUGGCAUUGAUUCUGCAAGUCAAAGAAAUGUUGCUGCCGAGCAGAAGAGGUUGCUAACUGCUCUGCAUAGGCACAUUCAACGAACCUACAAGGGAUCUUUAGCAGAUGAGCGAUAUGCCAACAUUCUGUUGAGGGUUCCCACAAUUCGAAAGGUUGCUGCGAAGAAGAAUGAGUCAUUGCAAAUGAUAGACAUGUUGAACCUAUUUGCGCUGAAUUCUCUGGUAAAGGAAACAGCACUCGGUGUACGAACGUCGACGUCAAGUACCCCAGCUCUUGGCUCCACCAUAAAUGGCGAGUAUCCUUCUGAGUGA